UUUCCUUCACUUUUUGCUCUUGGGACCUUACUGCAGACUUAGCAGAGUCUUAGCAGGGAGCAGCUGCAGGGAGGAGACCGCCACAGAGCGGGAGCUUCCGGACACAGCCUAAUAACACCGAGGGGGACCACAGAGGCUAGAAGCCACGGACCAGCCAGAAUCGAAGACAUCCAUCAGUCCCUUCUAUUGAACUGGGUUUGUCUAAUAGAGUGUUGAUGGGCCCCCUCUUUAACCACCGAGGAAUGUGAGCCCACAUUCCGUGUCUCCCGGGAGGCCUGGCCCUCUCCUCUGCAGCAGGCAUCCCCGGAGAUGGAUCCGUUGAUGGUGACUCACACACUCCGACUCCCGGCAAUUUUGAAGCCCAGGCCUGUGGGGAAACCUGAUGUGGUGGACACUUCCUACUUUGGGUGUAAAGGCUCUCCUUCCAUGUGCCCGCAUGGAUCUAUGUUCCUUCAGAAAGGAAGGGCUGAUGUGUGCACCCGGCCUUUCUCCCCUAGGGUUGGGCAGAGGCUCCCAUGGGGCCUGUGAAUUCCCGAGGUCACAAGGCAGAAGCCCAGGUGGUGAUGAUGGGCCUGGACUCGGCUGGCAAGACCACGCUCCUGUACAAACUGAAGGGCUACCAGCUGGUGGAGACCCUGCCCACCGUGGGUUUCAACGUAGAGCCUCUCGAAGAGCCUGGACACGUGUCUCUGACUGUCUGGGAUGUGGGUGGGCAGGGCCAGCUCAGGGAAAGCUGGAAGGACUACCUGGAGGGCACAGACAUCCUCGUGUUCGUGCUGGACAGCACAGACGGAGCCCGCUUGCCCGAGGCAGCGGCUGAGCUCAUGGAGGUCCUGGACGACCUCCACAUGGCAGGCGUCCCUCUGCUGGUGCUGGCCAACAAGCAGGAGGCGCCCCAUGCCCUGCCGCUGCCGGAGAUCAGAGACAGGCUGGGCCUGCCCAGGUGCCAGCGGCGCUGUUGGGAGCUGCGGGCCUGCAGCGCGCUCACCGGCGAGGGGCUGCCCCAGGCCCUGGAAAGCCUGCGGCGCCUCCUGAAAUCCCGCAGCAGCUGCAGCGUCUCCAGUUGAGCGCAGAGGGGCGGCCGCGGGGAGAGGCAGAAGUCCGCCGGGGCAGAGACGCCUGUCUUCGCUCCCGCGGCCUGGAAGAUCAGCUAAUCCUGGAGAAUCUUAAAUUCAGUUUAUCAAACUAGAAAUCCUCCUGUGCUUGGACUAUUUUCCUCUUGGGACUUAUUGUCAUAGGCGUUUAUGCGAAACUCAACUAGUUUUUGAAUAAUGGUACUCCAAGGGAAAAAAUAUCCCUCCAUAUACAUUGUUUGGUUACUCAUUACCAAGUGUGAACAUUGUAAUAACAGAACAAACGAUUGCAGAAUAAGACCUGAAUUCACAGGGUGAAAAGAGGUUUCAAAAUCAAAUCAGAGUAUCACCUGGAUGUGGUCAUGAUCUUAUGAGUGAUUUUCCCUGGUAGCCCCUGGUAUGUGCCACCGUCACUGGGAAGGCAGGCGGCCAGGGCCAGCAGGACGCCGUCUGCUCCCAUGGAAUCUUGGGUUUAGAAGCUCACAGUGGGACCCAGCCCUGGGCAGAGGCCACGAGUUUGGGCCUUCCCAAAUUGAUCCUCUCCUUUGACCCGAUUAAUCAUGUCUAACUUUUUGUUAUCCUGUGCUGGUCUUUUUCUAAAACCUUUCAUUGUUUUCUUUUUUUCUUCUCUUCUCUUCUUGUAGCACAUAGGUUUCCUUAAAGAUGACUAGUCAA